AAGAGCCAUCGACAACGCAACUCGACCAGAAACCGACCAGACGCGGGGCCAACAACAACAGCAACGACAACAACAACAACAACAACUAUACAAAUUUUCUUCAGUUCCUUCGCCAUUAUUGUGUGUUGUUUAGUGUGCCAUUGACGCUGAAUGCUAACGGUUCGCGUUGCCUGCCUGCCGCCGCCAAAGCGCUGACAAAAUAUUAAAAAAAAAAUACAAAAUAAACGUAGCACAACUAGUUGGGCCAAGUGUAAAGCGCUUAAUAAGCCCUAACUAUAACAACUAUUUCCGUAAAUCACUUGGCAUUUCAAUUGAGAUUCUAAUCGACGAAUUUGAUUUGCAUUGUGUAAUCUCCAUUGGGUUGCUUGCAUUUUGAGUGCAUUAACUAAAAAGUAUUUAAAGAGAAAUCAGGAAUAUUAUUAAGUGAAAUCGAUUUUUAGUUGCGGCGGCCCGGCCAUGUCGUUUCUGUCGCCAACGCUGCGCAUGGAAAAUCUGUCAACGGUGCCCAUCAUGAGUCUGGAUCAUGUGCCCGAGGCGCAGCGCUACAACAAAGACAACAUCGUCGCCCAAUGGUGUGCGCCCAUCAAUGGCAAGAUGUAUCGCAUCGAACUGGAGCACGGCACCACAAGUGGACGCCGCAUGAUCUGGGUCAAUGGUCGGGAAGUGCUGCGUCGCGAUUGGAUGUUUAAAUUGGUGGGCGAGGAUACGUUUGAUAUCGAUCAGGCGCGCUGCAUUAUACGGGUCGAUCCAGCGCCAGGCUUCAAGUACGAGUAUUCACUGUACAUAGACGGCAAACCGCAUGCCCAGUACACCGAGGAGCUGACACGUCAGUAUCGCCUGUGGCUCUGCACCUGUGGCAGCGGCAGCGGCGGCGGCGGCAGCGAGCAGGCUGGGUCAACGGAUGCGUCGCAGGAAUACCGCAUUAUGCUCAAGCUGGACACGCUGAGUUUGUAUGUGAACGAUGAGCUGCGCGAGGAGACGGCCGUCUUUGUGGAGGGCGGCACCGACACCAGCUUCGUGCUGCAGGACACACCAUUUGUAUUGCAGGCACGCUCCAGCGGCAACAAACACGACGGCAUCGUUCACACACUGCUCGUUAACGGGGUGCCCGUGCCGGAAGCAAAGAUACAGCAAAUCAUGCAGGAACCCGUCUCCAUACUGCAAACUAACUGAAGUCUCCUAGUAAUCA